AUGUCGGAUGUGUCGAACUCCUUCUCAGCUUGGGAGACCCUGCCGGAAGACGAACCUCCGCUGUGCAUCGCAGUUCGAUGCCCAGUGUCACCUCCACGCCACUAUGAGGCGCCAUCUUAUGCUGUACAUGGAAGCCGUUGUGGCCGCGAUCAUGAGGAUUUUCGGAUGCUCACCUACCUCAACCGGAAAUCAAAGUGGAUAGGACUGAGGAUGGAAGACGAAUUGUUAUCGUUUUCUGGCGAGGUGCCAGAAGAGUUCAACGUCACAGAUCUCGAGCUUUCCGAUGCAGUGUUCAGUCAGGGCAGCGUAUUAAACGUGACAGUGGUUGACGAUUUGGUUACGACAUUUGCAACACUUAUUCCAUACUCUCCGAAUUACUAUCGCAUAGCUGCACUCUCCGCGAAAUGUGCACUAUCUCUUCUGGUUCUCGUACUGUCAGCGACUAUCAAAAGAGAUUUCUUGAAAGUAUUCACACUAUUCCUACUAUUGCCGAUGGUUCUAGAAUGUGGAUUUGAUGUAUAUUCGGAGAUAAAAACCAGUGUUACUUAUUACGGAUCCAGGGAACUUCUACUGAAAUACCAUCGUGGUAAUUAUUACGAUGUACCGACAAGUUCGCUGCAACAUGAAUCUCUGAGAAUUUACCAGGAGAUCUUAUCCAGAUACACGACAUACAAUAUCUACAGCGCAACGAUUUUUUUGGCACUUGUCUGCUACAUUCUUUCGGAUAUUCUAUUCUGGUCUACUUUAUUCUCUUCCGUCGUAGCUUUUUACUAUGCCCAUAAGGCUAUCGUGCGACCUGAAGAAAUCAACUACAUUCCUUAUGUAUGGUCAUUCUUGAAAGUACAACUUUUUCCAAUACUCUUCACGUUGAUCGACACACUUCUCGCCUUAUUCGAGGUGCCGAUAUAUGUCCAACUAGGAGCCACAGCUAUUAUUCGACUAGCUGCCUGUCUUGCAUUUAUCACUCUGAGCAUUCAGAUUUUUGCGUCCUUCAUUGUGUUCUGUAGAAGAAGAGAUGAUUAUACCAAGUCUUCACCAUAUGAUCAAGUUCGCGACGGUAAAUGGAGGCUCUUCUCACUUAUCCUCUUUCAACUCGUCCUCCAUGUGAUUACAUCAAUGCCCUAUCUAAUUUGGGCCGUGAUCUCCUUCGGUCAGGAUAUCUUGAUCGCAUUUGACUUUCCCCCCGAAUCCGUACGAGAACUACCGCUUCAUUUAGCGGCGGACGCAUUCGUCGCACAUCUUUCAGCAUUCCUCAUUCGACCAAUUCUACUUCUACUUGCUGUCUUGGCACUAAUAGCGCCAUAUCGCAAGAGGUUCCUUCGUUUCUUCUGUCCUUGCUGUCGCCGGGACUAA